AAGCUGCUCUUUGAUCCCGUUUCCACCUACACAAAUUUGCACCGAUAUAUACGUCCGCCAAGUUUCAUUUUACCACCAUGGCAACCCAAGUACUAACCGAAAACACCUACCUGGCCGGAGCUCGCAACAGUCUCAGAAAGGAAGACUGUAUGGAGCUCUACGAGAAAUGGGCCGCCUCCUACAACCAAGACCUUGCCGACGCAUCCCAGAACUAUAUCGCCCCCCUCCUUGUGGCACAAGCCGCCCUUGCAUCAAGCAAAGACCCCGAGGCCACCGUAUUGGAUGCGGGCUGUGGAACCGGGCUUGUGGCGGAAGCCCUGGCCAAGGGCAGCAAAUGGACCAUCGAUGGCAUGGAUCUGUCUCCUGCCAUGCUCAACGUAGCUGAACAGACCGGCGUGUAUCGAAGCCUCUUUAAAGUCGACUUGACCCAACCGAUCGAGCAACCAGACCAGAAAUACGACAUCGUGACAUGCUGCGGCACCUUCACGCGCGGUCAUGUCGGGCCCGACCCUGCCUUGAGAGAAUUUGUCCGUCUUCUCAAGCCAAAUGGCAUCAUCGCAGCUACGAUCCUCGAAGAGAUUUGGGUGUCCGGUGGCUACAAAGCCGAGGCCGACAAGCUGGAGAAGGAAGGCCUCGCCAAAGUGGUCAGUCGAGACCUCAUAGACUACCGAAAGGGAGCGGGCGACAAAGCAACAUUGCUCCUGAUGAAAAAGACAGCAUCCGCUUGAGCCCAACGCGCGGGCAUGUUUCUCUUUUGUCGGACCUUUGGCGUGAGAAGGGAGGGAGGCUUUCUAACGUUCUAGGACUGGACUGAGCUUAAGUUGGCAAGGACCUCGAGCUUGUUCCCAAUGCGACUAUUCGUUCAUUAUUCCCCAGUGCGACUGCUAUUUGUUCCCACCGCGACUACUCUUUCCCAGUGCAACUGUUCUCACCCAGUGCGACCGUUCUCCGAUGGACUUCGACAGGGACCCGAGCCUAGGUUGCGUUGUAUAUGUACAACCGUACUAGAUAAUGAGAAUAUAGACCUGGAGAGUAAAUCAAACCGCCCGUAGGGAUAGGGAAGUUUUCGUAAGACAAUUACUUGCUAAACGAACUAUAAAUUGGACGCAGCAACAAAGUUGAAAGUAAUUAACGCUUGAGCACAUAGUCUCUCAUUGCACUGCUGCUGAUUUACUUGAAUAAAGGGACUGUAGGGUUGCGAGUCAGAAAGCCUGGGUAUUAAAUGAUAUCAUUCGUUUCUGGCGAGCCGAGGGCCCGAGGCUUGAUCUCGGCAAUUAUAAGUCUAUCCAAUACAGACGGUACAUCUCAUACUUUAUUCUACUUUCUCUCUUCUUGUUAUUUAAUUGGCAUCCCAUGGUUAAGCCAUAAUGAGAGCUUCAAUAUAUAUUAUCUAUUUAUCGGCACUUAACGCCAUCAGGGCCACAUGCACUCGUUUGAACUAUGCAGCAGAG